AUGUCAUAAUGAACCUCACAGCUGUUAAUAUUACAACAUCCUCUGUUUUACUAAAUUGGACAAAACCGAAUGGUCAAAGCUCCCGUUAUCGUGUAGAAUAUGAAGAUAAGAAUAUGACUACUGAAAACACCUCCAUCAAAAUAAAUGAUCUGAUUCCUGGAGCACAGUACACAUUCAAAGUGUUUGCAGUUUUAGCUGUUCAUGUGACCGACGGAAGAGCCAAUCAGAUUUCACUGUACACCAAGCCAGGUGUGAUCAGCAAUCUCAAAAUUACUGAAACCACAACAUCAUCUAUGUUUCUGACAUGGGAUGGACCAGUUGGAAAUAGAUCUUUCUUUAAAAUUCAGUGGAUGGGUGAUAAAACAAAUGGAAAUUCAACAACUACAAACACUUCCUAUAACAUCACUGGUCUGACUGCUGGAGUCAAUUACACAUUAGACAUCACAGCUGUUGCAGCAGAUAACUCAACAGAAGGAGAUUCAGUGGUUACCUCAAAAUAUACUAAUUCCCUUCAGUCUAACACUCUAGAUAUUGUUGGAAUAGUUUUGGGAGUUAUCGGUUUUCUCUUCAUCAUCACUCUCAUUCUCUUCUUUUAUUCAAGAAGACAAACCAAAAAACAAUGUCCCGACAUCCCUAUACAAACCAUUAGAAAUAAAGUUAAUACUGGUUUGAGAAUAGAGGAUUAUGAAGAGCACUUUAAGCAGAAACACAAGGAUUCGAACUGUGGUUUUGCAGAAGAGUAUGAGGAGUUGAAAACUGUUGGAACGGCACAGUCCAAAAACAUUGCCCUGGCUGUUGAAAACCAGCCAAAGAACCGUUACAGCAAUGUGCUACCUUAUGAUGCUUCAAGAGUGAAGUUAUCAGUGCGUGGCAGUCCCUUAGAUGAUUACAUCAAUGCCAACUACAUCCCAGGCUAUAAUUCAAGAAAAGAGUUUAUAGCAGCUCAGGGUCCACUGCCCGUCACAGUGAAUGAAUUCUGGAGAAUGGUCUGGGAGAAGAAUGUCUUCACCAUAGUCAUGCUGACCAGAUGCAACGAGAUGGGACGAGUGAAAUGUGAAAAGUACUGGCCAUCUGGGACUAAUCAUUAUCAAAACAUCUCUGUGACAACCACCUCAGAGAUAGACCUGGAGAGCUGGACCAUAAGAGACUUCAGAAUCAAAAAUGUAAAAACAGCAGAAACUCGCUAUGUACGUCAGUUUCACUUCACGGCGUGGCCGGAUCAUGGAGUUCCACAGACUACUGAAGUCCUCAUUGACUUCAGACACCUGGUCAGAGAACACAUGAACCAGUACUCUCGCCACUCUCCAACUGUGGUACAUUGCAGUGCCGGUGUGGGAAGAACGGGUACCUUUAUUGCCAUUGACCACCUGAUUUUCCAGAUUGAAAGAGACAGCAUGGUGGACAUCUACAGAAUCGUUAAUGAUAUGCGCAUGCACAGGCCUCUUAUGGUGCAGACUGAGGAGCAAUAUGUUUACAUCCACCAGUGUGCGCAUGACAUAAUUCGAUCAAAUACGGGAACCAACAUCGACUUAACUUACGAGAACACAGAAGCUCUCAGUAUCUAUCAGAAUGUAAAAUUUCAAAAAAUGUAAAUGCAGAUGGCCUUAAGAUAGCCCUUCUCCAACAAUCAGAGAAUUUUAAGACGGCAUAAAGCACAUUUUAAUUUUCAC